AUGGCUCAAUUUGCUGAAUUAACUUCAGUCACCCAACAAUUCGAUGGUAAGGUUGUGUUAAUGGGGAAUUUUAAUGUCAUUUCUAAUCAAUUGGAGAAAGAAGGUGGGGGUGCUAAAUCUCCUUCUUCUAUUGAAACCUUUAAUAGUUUCAUUGAUGAUAAUUCCCUGAUUGAUAUUGGUAUGGUCGGAAGACCAUUCACUUGGUCAAAUAGACGGAGGGGUGAUGAGUUGAUACAGGAAAGACUGGACCGAUUCCUGGUAGGAGUUGAUUGGCAGCAACUCUAUCCCAAUGCAACAGUUCUUAGACUGUCAGAAUCAGGCUUGGAUCAUGCCCCUCUUCUCCUAGACUCUAAUCCGAGAACUGAGAGAUCUAAACGCCGAUUCAAAUUCCAAGAAAGAUGGUGUUCCGAUGAUGAAAUAAGGCAGAUUGUUAGAGAGGUUUGGCAUGAACAGAUUGAUGGUUCAGCCAUGUAUAUCCUAGCUCAAAAAACCUGUUUGCUGAUAAUUCCAUUUUAUUCUGUAAGGCUAAUCCUAAAGCAUGUUCAAAUAUCCUGCAUUUAUUGA